GUAACUAUUACGUCAUCAAGAAGCGACACUGAAACGUUGGCUAACGAGCUAUCUAUUGUGGCUGUAUUUAAGUAUUAUUCAAUGUUAGUGCCUUUACCAUUUUAAAGUUAGACUUUUAAGGCGUCAUUUUCACCUUUGAUAGACAAAUAAUAUUUUGGGAGUUUUUUUUAUUCAUUUAUUUUAUGAAGUUCCACACUUAUCUUACUUAUUAAUCCGAAGAGAAUACACACGUCACAUGUAUUGUGUGUAGGUUAUAAGGGUUAUCUCGGGGUAUGUAUCCACGCAGUCUAGUGAAAUGGAAAAUGUGGAGUCUGAUAAAUGUGAAAAACAGAUGAACGGAGUCUCGGAGCUGAUUGAUCUGCUUCUUAUCGAUGUGGAAACAAACGUGGACAACAGAACAGGAAAAGAGACUAUAGCGUGUUCAAGAAAUGUGUUGAGGAAGCAGCGGCGGUGGGAGAGGCAACUGGCUGCCAAAAAGAGCAAAAGGAAAGAGGAGAAGCAAAGGAAGAAGCUCGGGCGUGAGCAUAAUACUGAGUCAAACACAGACAAUCUUCAGCUCAGCAAACGAGUUUGGAAGGCAAUCACCAAAGAACGUCUCGCUGAGGCUCAGAGUACGGGACUCAAACUCUGCGUCGAUCUGAGUAUGACUGAUCGGAUGUCUGACAAGGAGAUAAGUCGGCUUGCUGGUCAGUUAAGGCGGCUGUACGGCUCUAAUAAGAAGGCGACUUGGCCGUUUCACGUGUUCCUCACAGACCUGAGAGAGGACAGCCGGCUCUACAGAGAAUGUGUUCGCAUGAAUGACGGAUUCCUCAACUACACGAUGGACAUAACAGAAAAAGGUGUUUUGGACCUUUUUCCUCCAGAAAGUGUAAUCUACCUCACUCCAGAUGCUGAAGAAGCUUUGGAGACAAUGGAUGCAGACAAGGUGUACGUCCUCGGUGGUCUUGUGGAUGAAAGCAUCCAAAAGAAGUUGAGCCUCUCAAGAGCCUCAGAUUUGAGUCUCCGCACAGCGAGGCUGCCUAUCGAUGAGUACAUGAUAAAGAAAGAGAAUGCCAAGAAUUUUCACUCCAAGAUUUUGGCAGUUAAUCAAGUUUUUGACAUCUUGCUGACUUUCUCUGAGAGCGGAAGCUGGACUAGAGCCCUGCAGGCUUGGUUCCCGGCGGGGAAGGGUUACGUGAUCUCAGCAGACGGUUCACCUCCACCUGUGGCAAAGACUCAACAUCAGAGUCAAUGACGUCUCUAGUCAGAAUUGUUUGGACAUCAUCUAUUAAAAACUCUAAAAUACUG